AUGGCUGGCGGUCCUCCACUAGGUCAACCCUGGCUCGCAAACGUCGGCAACAACCCCAACAUCAACCGCGAGCCUCCACCCCCUCCCCUUAACGCUAUCCCGGGCGCUCAAGCACCUCCUCCCCCUGGUGCCGGUGGUCAGCACCAAGUCGUCGUCGAGCAGCAUCAAGCACCAGUCUACGGUCCUCCAGUCCCCAUCGGCAUCGGAGGCCCGCCAAUCGGCUUUGGUGCUCCACCAUUCGGUGUUGGCCUAGGCAUAGGUGCGUUCCCACCUUUCGUUCCACCCAUUGGCGUCGGCAUGAUGGACCCUUUCAUGUUCGGUGGCUACUAUGGUGGGGGUGGGGGUCCUCUCGCGCCUAUCCGCGCUGGCAACUUUUUACCUGGCGCUCAUAGCGGAAUAGGCUUCGGGCUGCAUGCUGCCGGCGUGCCGUUUCCGCCCCCGCCUCCGGGUACUAUUGCAGGCGUAGUCCCUCCUUUCGCUCCUGCUGCACCGCUGUGGGCGCCGGGCGGCGGUCUUGCAUUCGGGAAUGUGCCUGCUAUGGGCGUUGGAGGUGUGUAUGCGGGAGGAAUGAUGGCUCCCAUGAUGGGUGUUGGUGGUAUGGGUGCUGCGGCGCCGAUGCAUGCUCGACCUGCCCCCAUGGUGAUUGACGGCAACAUGGGCUUUCCAGCGCAGCCUGAACAGCAGGAAAUCACGCAGAUUGCGGGUGGAAUACCGCCUGGCGUCGCGCUCAUUGAGCCCAAUGAGCAUACCAUCAUCAUUCAGAUCAAGGGGAACGUCUGUCCUUGGCUUUCUCCUGGCGCGCAGUUCCAGGUCGAGCCGCUGGCCAUGGCAAGUACGACUGGUCUGAAUCGUUUAAUCCAGAUCUGCAGCAAUGGUGCGAGUCCAGAGGAUUGCGAGAAUAUGGCCGUCACCGAGUGUAUUGAGCUGGGCAAUGGACUCUGGGAGAAGGGCCAGACGUUUAAGUUCAAUGAUGCGGUGUCGAGGGUGCUGACUAUGAAAGAUGCUGGUUGGGACAAUACCAGGAACAGGACCAACGGGAACAGUCUGCACCUGUGGGCUCAUCAACUCUAG